AUGACUCAACGCCCACCCGUCGAGUAUGUCAUCUUCGACAUGGACGGUCUCCUCAUCGAUUCCGAGAGGAUUUAUACAGAAGUGACCAAUGGUAUCCUUGCAAAGUAUGGCAAGGAGAUGACAUGGGACAUCAAGGCUGGCCUCAUGGGCAAGCCCGAGCGCGAGGCCGCGGCGCACCUCCUCUCCUUCUUUCCUGACCUCCCGCCCGAGUUUACCAUCGACGUCUACCUCGACGCCCGCCGCGUAGGGCAGGACGCGCUCUGGCCGACCGUGCAGCCUCUCCCGGGCGCCGUGCGGCUUGUGCAGCACCUGCGCCGGCAUGGCAUUCCCAUCGCGGUCGCGACGGGCUCUCAGCGACGCAAUUACGCGCAGAAGAGCGCGCACCUGAUGGACGUGCUCUUCGGCGCGUUCGAGGGCCGCGUUGUAUGCGCAGACGACGGACUUGUGCGGCCCGGGCGCGGGAAACCGCACCCGGACAUCUUCCUGGUCGCUGCGGAAAAGUGCCUGGGGCGGAAGGUCGGAGAAGGCGAGGCAGUAGAGGCGGGAGUGAGCGAGGAGCAGAAGCUGGAGCGGGCGAAGGGGCUUGUCUUCGAAGAUGCAAUCCCGGGUGUGCUGGCGGGCAGAAGCGCCGGGAUGAAUGUCGUUUGGGUUCCGGAUGCCAAUUUGCUCACGAUUGGAGAUUCUGGACCGACAUUGGAUGUGGAACGGCCCGAUCAGACACUUCGUUCUCUGGCGGACUUCGUUCCCAAGGAGUGGGGGCUCCCUCCAUAUGACGAAGAGCAGGCAUAG